GGCAUCUCUUGGUAUUGUUGUUGAUACAACUGUGCUGGCCCUGAAGCUCCGAUCCCGCCUGGAUGUGUAUCUGACCAUAAUCAGGGCCAAAUUCUGUCUUCAACAUUCAAGCUGCAACUGACCUGUUGUUGACCGAUCGAACAAAGUCAAACCGGCCAGUCCAAUUAGCUGCGAGAGGGUGAAGAUGGUGACGACACCAGGAAAGCACCUGGUUUUCGCAACAAGGCGUGCUGUAAAUGAACUCUCGCAAUGUCUUCUGCGGCAUGUUUUGCUGCCUACUGGCCUGAUAAACAGCAAUUUGCGACCGGCGCAGAGACAGCAUGCAGGAGCUUGUAGAAGGGUCGAUGCCAUUAACAGUGCAGCAUCAGCAUCAGCAUCAGCAUCAGCAUCAUCAUCAUCAUCAUCAGCAGCAGCAGAAGCAGAAGCAGAAGCAGAAGCAGCAGCAGCACCAGCAGUAGCAGGAGGCGGCGGCGGCGGAGGGACUGGUUUCCUGCAACCCUCCUUUGCGGAGGACGCAAGUGAGUUUGAAAGACGUGCGAAGGAGGGGUUGCUCGGUCAAGGCGAUUCAACGGCUGGGAUGCAAAGUAUCCGCCAGCGUUCUCGUGUAACUGAUUGGAGCAGCAUGGGCGGGGUUGUAGUGCCAACUCUGAGGCAAGCCGGUGUCGGAGAGGGGGGUGCGGCUGCGCUGCAGCGAGGCAUGCAGCUGUUGGACGCGAUAAGAAUGAUGAGUCCGGGCAAUGAGCGGUACUUUCCGACGAUGAUGAAGGCGCAGGAGUGCUUUCAUGUGGCACUCUCGGCAGAUCAGGACGAUGCGCGUGCUAUGCUUGCACUAGCUUGCCUUCAUCUAGACUUCGACGGGCCUGUCCAUUCCCCCGAGAAUGGUGCUGAGCUCUUGCUCCAUGCGGCAGAGAUGCAGCUCCCAGAAGCGCAGUACGAGCUUGGCUGUCGGCUUCGGGGUGCCGAUGACGCCGAAGCGGGAGCUAUCGCCGAAACGGCCAGAGUAGCAAUUUGUCAGAAAGUGCCCGACCCACUGAGCGCUUCGCUCAGAUACCUCGAGGCUGCUGCGAGGGAAAGACACCCGCGUGCGCUGCUUGUGGUCGGUACGGCAUACUUCACCGGCGACACGGUCGUCCAGGAUCUGGACAAGGCCGAGGCGUGCUUUGCGGAAGCAGCGGACCUAGGACUCGCCGAAGCGGCAGCUGUCUACGGCGCGUUCAUUGCCAAAGGGUUGUCUCGCCGAUACCGACCCUCAGGGGCGGUUGCUCCCUGCAACGACCCUGGCAAUGAAGGCCGGAGUGGAAACCGGCAAGAGGAAGACAAGGGUACCGAUCCGGAACAUAGAGAUGAAGGUCCGUACAGAAGCGUCGAACCGUCGGAAGAGGGGAGAAGUCAGGAGGGUGAGAUGGAGAGCAGUCAAGCAGACGGUCUCCACGUCGCGAAGGAGCAUCAUCUUCAGAUUGCAAGAAUGUUGUUCGAACAGGCAGCCGGGGAUGGGAAUGAGGUGGCGAUGGCAUGGCUCAAGGCCGGGAAGCUUCUGGCUCAGUAGCCAAUCGGGAGGGUCUGAUGCUUUUCACUUCUUCUGUUUUCCCCUUUUGUCCUUUGAGCGAUGGCAUGGCUCAAGGCCGGGAAGCUUCUGGCUCAGUAGCCAAUCAGGAGGGUCUGAUGCUUUUCCCAUUUUAUUUUUUUUCCCCUUUUGUCCUUUUUUAGGAGGCUGCAAUGCUCACAAGUCCCUACGUGUAGGUUUGUUUGUUCAUAGUAUUUUAUUCCAUUUGAGUACAGUUUGUGCAUAAUAAAAAUACCGGCACGCC